AUCACACACGUCUUUUUAGAUAUAUUUUUUUGAAUUAAUUUAAGAACCCUCCACAUGGCACGCAACGGCUCUUCUAAAUUGAUUUUUCUGCUGCGGCUGCUCAUUUGGGCGCUAGUUGGAGGAUCUGCGAACUCGCUGAACAUCUUGGGCCUCUUUCCAUAUCGCUCCAUGAGUCAUUUUCAAAUGACCCUCCCAAUAACUCGUGGACUUGCAGCAGCUGGACAUUAUGUCGAUGUUUUGAGCCCCUUUCCAGAUCAGCAUCCACCACCUCGUUACACGGAUUACGCAUUGUCGGGCAAAACUCUAUAUAACAAUAUUGAUUUGCAUACCUAUGAGAAACGCACCUAUUUCCGCGACUUGUAUGAGUUCUUUAUGAUAUUCUCAUUGGGCGUCUCGACUUGCAAUCAAACUUUGAACUCGCAGGCACUCGAUAAUAUUUUGAGACACGCACCAGGCUAUUACGAUGUGAUCCUUGUUGAUACCGAGUCUGAUUGCAUGACGGGCGUGGCAUAUAUUCUGCGGGCGCCGGUUAUAGCCCUCACCAGUACGGCCCUUAUGCCCUGGCACUAUGGACGGAUGGGUGCUCCGAUUAUUCCAUCACAUAUGCCGGCUUAUUUUCUAGGUGAAUCACAAGAAAUGAGUUUUCUGGGACGUCUGGAUAAUUUUAUUACCACACACACAUUCAAUUGGUUGCACAGGAUAUUCUACACUCCUGCCGCGGAUGAGAUGUUGCGUCAAAAGUUUGGCCCCCGAAUGCCUUCGACGAACUUAUUGGUGAAGUACACUUCCCUAUUCUUUGUCAACCAGCACUACUCGCUGAGUGGCCCAAAGCCAUUUCCACCCAAUAUUAUCGAGCUGGCUGGCAUUCAUCUACAACGACCUAGAGCCCUGCCUUCUGAUCUAAAAUUGUUGCUGGAGAGCGCAACGGAUGGCGUGGUGAUUAUCAGUUGGGGCUCCUUGAUACGUGCCUCCUCUGUACCUCCAACCAAGCUGAACGCAAUCUUGAACGCCAUCAGUCGAUUUAAGCAGCAGUUUAUUUGGAAGUGGGAGAACGACACGAUGCCCAACAAGCCGAAGAAUCUACACAUUGUGAAAUGGCUGCCCCAACAGGAUAUACUCUGUCACCCCAAUGUUAGGGCCUUUAUAAGUCAUGGCGGAAUGAUGGGCGUAACGGAGGCGGUGCACUGUGGAGUCCCCAUUCUGGGAACACCCAUUUAUGGUGAUCAGUUUCUGAAUAUCGCUUCACUGGUGGAGCGAGGCAUGGCCGUCAAUGUGAAUUAUAAUGAUAUAAGCGAGAAGGCAAUUUACGAGGCUCUAAAAGAGAUUUUGCAAAAGAAAUACCAAACUGCAGCGAAGGUAGUCGCCUUCUCCUUCAACGAACGAUCCCAGACGCCGCUCGAAACUGCCCUUUGGUGGGUGGAGCAUGUGGCUAACACGAAGGGCGCUCGUCUGACUCAGCCCAGUGCGGUGCGCAUGUCCAGUUUCGUGUACAAUUCCCUGGAUGUGUAUUUGGUGCUCGCAAUCGGGGUCCUUCUAACCAUUCUCAUCGAUGUAGCCUUGCUUCGAUUUAUGUUCAGCAUGAAGAGCAGCGCUGCAGAAAAAUCACAAAUUCCCUCCGAUAAUUUAAAAUCAAAUGUGGUAGAAGUUAAAUGCAAUUAAAAAUUAUAUUUAUAAAAACAA